AUGGUAUUACAGAAAAUAUUUGACGGUUUGUCCGAAUCGAUUGGGCGAGAAAUUGAUUAUUUCCUUAAAUACAAGGAAAAUAUUGGGAAUUUGGAAGAAAAAGUAAACGAUCUUAAGGAUGAGAGGGAGACGGUCCAAGCAGCUGUUGAUAUAGCCAAGGCCAAUGGGAUGACCAUUAAGAAGGUUGCUGAGAAGCUUGGUAAGAAAAGGAAAGAGAUGGUGGACAGGGCUAUCAAACUAAAAGAGAAUCGCAAUAAGUUUGGCGAUGAAGUUGCGUACACAACUCUUCUCGAAGAUAUCUGGGACACAUCCAGCACAAGCUAUGAGCAUUUUGAAACCAGAAAAUUGGUUUUCGAGGAGAUCAUGGAGGCUUUGAGAGACGAUAGGAAUUCCAAAAUUGGGAUAUGUGGAAUGGCAGGUGUAGGAAAGACUACAAUGGUGGAGGAAGUCGGCAAACAAGUUGGAAAAGGUCCUUUUGAUGAGGUCGCAAUGGCAGUUUUCUCCCAGAAUCCAGAGCUGAAAAAAAUCCAAGAAAAACUCGCAGAUUGUUUAAAUCUGAAACUAGAAAAAAAGAGUGAAGAUGGGAGAGCGGGUGAACUAUGCAAUAGAUUGAAGAAUGGGAGAAAAAUCCUUGUAAUAUUGGAUGACGUUUGGGAUGACAAGAUUACAUUGAAGAAAAUAGGAAUUCCAAUAGAUACAGAUGAUAACAGUAUGGGUUGCAAAAUUUUGCUGACCUCUCGAAGACUAGAAGUGUGCAAAAAGAUGGGGUUUGACCAAACCUUCCAAAUUGGACUCCUUUCCGUAUAUGAAGCUUGGCACCUAUUCAAGAGAACGGUUGGAGAUUUUAUUGAAGCUGAUCCUGAAAUUCAUUUUAUAGCACAAGUGUGCAGAGAAUGUGAUCAUUUGCCAUUGGCAAUUUGUGCAGUUGGAGGAGCACUGAGCGGUUUGGAUGAUAAGUACAUAUGGAAUGAUGCACUUGAACAACUGAAAUACUGUCAAGGGUACAAAAUUGAUGGAGUGGACGAAAAGGUGUAUUCAUGCAUUGAGUGGAGCUACAGGUAUCUGAAGCGUGCAGAUGUGCAGUCAUGCUUUCUACAUUGCUCUUUGUUUCCUGAAGAUACUGAGAUUGCUAUUGACCUUUUGGUGCCUUUUGGAGUAGGAACGAAGUUUCUUGGAAGCACGGAUAGAGCAUCAAUGAAAAAAGCAAGAGAUAGAACACUAGUGAUAGUUGGUAUCCUCAAGAAUUCUAAUUUGUUGUUAGAAGGUAGAGAUGGAAACAAGGUCAAAAUGCAUGAUGUAGUUAGAGAUGUUGCCAUAUCAAUUGCAUCAAAAGAUAAGAAUGCAUUUCUAGUGCAAGAUGGUGUUGAUGUUUGGCCAGAUAAAGAUGAUUAUACAUGUUGCAAAGCAAUCUCAUUAAGGGCUUCUUGCAAUGUUCGUCGGCUUCCCGAUCAGUUAGAAUGUCCAGAACUACGCACCUUAGUAUUGUGA